CCCAUCAAUGAGCAGGUUGCCGCGCAACUGUAACUUUCAGACGUGAAUACAAUCGUAAUAAACAUAAAAGGCCCUGCUUUUAUGGUCAUGAAGGAGCUCAUGCACUGGCACUGACUGGUGUGCCGUCAGUUCACUUCAAGCCGAGUUCCGCUUCUAACACUGGGAGACUGGUACUGGCCAACGUAUGGUGAUCUGUAGAACACUUCGUGAUUAUCGUUUUUGACUACGGUGAUGGUGUCUGUGAAGUAGUAGCCUGUGAAGUAGUAGCUUGCAAAGUAGGAACGACGCCGUUUGGAUCUUUCACUCUCUGGUCUCCCUGCUGCAGUUGUCAUGAGGAAGUAAGCCUAUUCCUGUUCCUAGCUGAAGCAGCGGGAGUAGCUUUCAAAACGUCGAAGUCCAUUGCGUGGAGCGGGGGGAGCUCUUCUUGGCUGUGUCAUUUUGUCGGUGGUGGAGCAGGGGGCUCAUCAUUGUCUGCAUGGAUCCCUGAUAGCUUGUAAAGUGCAUAGUAGUAAUGCUGAGACCAGAUCCUUUCCAUUUCUUGGAUUAACUUCUUCUUCUUCUCGUUUCCCGAAGAUUGAGUUCCCAGAUGAGGUGGUGGAGUAGGAUAGACUACCUUCUGUUGAUCGCUCGUUACUGUUAAGGCUUUCGCAGUUCCUGCGGUCCAUGCUUCUAUCCUCCUUGAGUUUGCUAUCACCAGCUUUUGUGAGUGCCGCAUCUUCAUCUAAGGUACAGACUCUCUAUUUCCAGAUUGGUAUUGGAGGGGGUUGUACUGAUCUGAGGGCUUCAAUGAAGCACUAUGCGCUUAGGACGUUCGUUUCUGCAACGGAGCUGUCAUGACUGUUUUCGGCUAUCGUAUCUCCACUAGCAAGUGAUCUUUGACCUAGUGAUUGAAAUUGGAACCCACACUUUGAGAGAGAGAAUGUUGUGGAUUGUUUGGAGUUUUCAACCAAGGCUCUGAGUGUUUAAUGCCAGUAAACCUAAUCUGGGAGUGGCUGGAGGUUGUUUCGUUCUUUGAUGCCAGCUAGAGCAAAAAGAAUUGGAAAUCGAUGCCUGCCAGGGGCAUGGGAUAUGCUCUGCAGCUCAUCUUGGUCUCAAACUUGCUUGCAGGUAUAUUUCUUAUCAUUAAAAUCAGAGGGGUGGCAGAAGAGGCUGAGAGUUCGAAGCCACAUUUGUGCAUUCUCCAUAUCCUCAUGGGAAGAACCGCAGAAAACUCAGAUGCAAAAUCACACAAGCGAGCUUCCGCCAGAGAACUUCACGGAGUUGGGCACAAUCACCAGCAUAUCACUAGCAGGCGAUGUGUUAACUUUGGCGAACGGGACCGAAUUACAGCUGUUUCCCAACUCUCCGGGUCAUAUUCACGAGCACAUGAACGGAACCCGGAGAAUGCUCGGGGUCUUCCGCCAGUGCUCGCCCUGUACUUGCUGCGACAAGACAAGGAGAUGGUGCCUGCCUACUGUCUGCUGCUAUAACAUAAAGUGCGGGUUGCAAGGUUUACCGUAUGGAUUAUGCUCUUUCAUUCCUAUCUCAUGCACAUGUUAUGGAUGCAAGAAGUGAACUACAUAGUGGGAAUUCGAGGUCUACUGGCUCAGGAGGAACGAGUAUUUCCAGAAGCGGAAUCGUUUGAGCACGUGGCAUGACAGACCAUUAGCGGUGUUGGAUGAGGAUUAUCUGUAGUGCAAUGUGCACGAUGGUGUGCUCGCAUUAGUUUACAAGGAAUGUGUGCAAUAAGCAGCAUUAUCGAAGCUGAGAAUCUGCAAUCCUCUUUCCAAUGAGAUAAAUCGACUUUCGAUUAUGCUGUAUUGAGCUCUUACCAACCAGUAGGGUUUCAAAUGCCUCCUAUUGCGGUCUAAGUAAGGGUAGAUUUGAGCACAUCAACAUAAAUGGCAAGUUUGUGUUCCUCCCUCACUUUUGUUCACAAUAUUCUAAACUACGUUAUAAUUACGUUUAUUGCGCAA